GAAGAGGACGCCAACCCACUGGCCCGCCUGUCGGGAGUGUUGUCCCAAUACCAAGAGGUGGGUGCCGCCGCCGGCCCUGGCGGCUUGGACAAUGUUGUGAUAUUUGUGCCGCUUCUGCUGUCGCUGCGUGCAAAGGGCCGGUGCAGAGUGGCGGGGGACGAGCGAUGCGUGGUGAACAUCGAUUCGAUCGUCGUGGAGAUCCCAGGCAAAGAGUUCAAUGUGGACAUUCCCAACGACGGCUCCGGCUUUGUGGACUACCUGUACCUGGACGAAGACCUCAGGAUCGUCAAGGGCAACAGGGGUGGCUACUACGUGGGUGUCAAGGAAGCGCCUCGGAAAGGGUUCCUUCCAUGGUGA